AUGAAGCCCAUCAUUCUUGACGGCCGCACCGGCGAAGGAGGCGGCCAACUCGUCCGCCUAGCCUGUGGUCUCGCGGCACUCACCUCCCAAGCCGUAACCAUCAAGAACGUCCGUGGCAAUCGAGAAGGAGGACGAGGUGGCGGCCUUAAAGUACAGCACGUCACAUCGUUAUCCUGGCUCGCCAAGGUAACAGACGCCCAAACCAAUGGCCUCGCCGUUGGUUCCAAAACCCUCACAUUCAGCCCUCGCCGUCUCCCGACGGAACUCAUCCAGCGGAACUUCAAAAUUGAAGCCGAUACUGACGCAGCUAGUGCGUUGCUCAUCCUCCAAGCCAUCUUCCCGUAUGUAUUGUUUGCGGGCAACGACACAAAUGAGCCGGUUGUGCUGGACAUUUGGGGCGGCACCAAUGUUAGUUGGUCGCUUAGUUAUGAGUACUUUGACCAGGUGCUCAUGCCGACUUUGGAAGAGAGAUUCGGGAUCAAAAUCGAGAGGGAACUCAAGACGCGUGGGUGGAAUCUAGGACCUAGAUCAAGAGGCCAUAUUUCAGUCAAGAUUCACCCCGUUGCCAAGGGUCAAACGCUCAAAUACUCGCCUCCACAACCGUACACAUUCCCUGAAUCAUAUGAGGUUCGAAAAAUAGACGCCAACAUUAUCGUGCCGAGGGCAUCGCACGAGCGCGUACAAGAGGAACUUGUUCGCUCAUUAGGGGAUUUAUACCCCGACGCAGAUGUCGAGUUCAAAACUGUUGAAGACUCUGGGAACGACGCAAGGUGGUACAUCAUGCUGGUAGCACAUUCAGCGGGUGGAAUUCGCUGGGCCCGAGACUCACUCUUCUCCAUGCCCAAGAAUAUUAAAUCGUCACGGGACAAGUUCAUCCAGCACGCUUGCACCAGUCUCUGCAAGCAACUCUACGAGGAGACCAGUUUAGGGGGCACAGUCGACGAGUUUCUUCAAGACCAGCUUAUUUUCGUGCAGGCACUCGCGGAAGGAUAUUCGUCAUUUUUGAGAAGCGAAGACCCUGCUGAGUCGACUGUAAAUGGAGUAAUCGACGCUAUGGGGAAGUUGAACAUAGAAGAAGACACAAAGAUGAGAAGAGAAAGGACGCAUGAGCCAUUUGGACAUGGCUCGACGCAUACCACCACCGCGAGAUGGGUGGUGAGUGAACUUUUGCCCAAAGCUGAAUUCUACAACAAGGGAGAUAUUGUCAAGGGAGUAGGAUUCUUGUUGUGA